CGUAGUAGUUCCGGGUUUGUGUUUUGUGACGAGAGGUAACUCUCGGUCAUUUGUGGGAGGCAGACAGAGACACGACUGUUUCCUCCGCCGGCUGCCGGGCUCAAGGUGUAACAUCUGAUUUGAGAGUGGACCAAAUACUUCCAGACUACAGUCGAAGGACCCUGUUGGAGAAUCAGCUCUUUGCAUUUCUAGUCCUAUUCUUGACACAAUUUUCCUCUCUAACGUCAAACACCUUUGGGACCAGUGUCAUCUCCCUCCCCUACAUAGGCCCGCAGGGAAUCAAGCAUGGGUCUCAAGGUAGACUCAGUGCUCCAGUCUAUCCUCCUUUUUCCAAUCCACCUUGUGGUAUGGUUGUACUCCGUCCUAUCCUUCCUGCCCUGGUACUAUAUGACCAGCGCUGGGGAAAGGAAAGCUCUGUCUACUCGAGUAAAGGCACGUUCCACGUCAGGACUCGCCGAGGGACCUUACCGCUGUGUGGACCAAUUCGAAUGCCUGGCCAAGGAGGACUUACCAGGCAAGGACACGCUGGAUAAGCUCUUUGACUAUGCUGUGGAGCAGUUUGGAGAAGCAGAUUGUCUCGGCACCAGAGAAAUUCUGAGUCUGGAGAAUGAGAUUCAGCCCAGUGGUAAAGUGUUUAAAAAGCUGAUUUUAGGGGGGUACAGAUGGUUGUCCUACAAUGAGAUGGACAGCGUCGUUAGUGAGUUUGGCAGUGGAUUGGCUGCUCUCGGGCAACAGCCUAAAAGCACCAUUGCGAUUUUCUGUGAAACCAGAGCAGAGUGGAUGAUCACUGCCCAGGCAUGCUUCAGGCGUAAUUUCCCAUUGGUGACAUUCUACGCCACACUAGGAGAGGAGGCGAUUGCGUUUGGCCUGAACGAAACCGGUGUCACACAUCUAGUUACUAGCUCGGAGCUGCUGGAGACCAGACUCAAAAAUGUGCUUCCACUCACCCCAAAACUGAAGCAUGUGAUCUUCGUGGACCAGAAGAAAGUGAGCACAGAAGGCUACGCAGCAGGAAUCUCCAUCCACAGCAUGGAGGCCGUGCUGGAGCUGGGCAAACUGCCUGAAAACGAGGGGAAGGCUAUUGUGAAGCCCAAGCCCUCUGAUCUGGCUGUAGUGAUGUACACCAGUGGCUCCACAGGAAGACCCAAGGGAGUCAUGAUAGUCCACAGAAACCUGAUUGCAGGAAUGACGGGACAGUGUGAGCGCAUCCCUGGACUUGGGCCCAAUGACACCUACAUAGCCUAUCUGCCCCUGGCUCAUGUUCUGGAAAUGACCGCUGAAAUCUCCUGCGUCACGUAUGGCUGUCGGAUCGGCUACUCAUCCCCGCAGACGUUGUCAGACCAGUCCACUAAGAUAAAGAGAGGAAGUAAAGGAGACAGCUCAGUUCUCAGGCCCACCGUGAUGGCAGCUGUGCCAGAAAUAAUGGAUCGCAUCAGCAAGAAUGUGAUGAGCAAAGUGCAGGAAAUGAACUUCAUUCAGAAGACGCUGUUUACACUGGGCUACAAAUAUAAACUGGAGCAGAUCAAAAAUGGCUAUGAUGCACCGAUCUGCAAUGCCCUGUUAUUCCGGAAAGUCAAGAACCUACUGGGAGGACGGGUUAGGAUGAUGUUGUCGGGAGGAGCGCCCCUCUCCCCUGAAACUCAGAGAUUUAUGAACGUGUGUUUCUGUUGUCCAGUGGGUCAGGGCUAUGGCCUCACUGAGACCUGUGGAGCAGGCACCAUCACAGAGGUUGCGGACAUCAGCACUGGUCGUGUGGGAGCUCCUCUUAUUUGCUGCGAGGUCAAGCUCAGGGACUGGGCUGAAGGUGGCUACACCAGCAAAGACAAACCCAACCCAAGAGGGGAGAUCCUGAUCGGUGGUCCCAACGUUACAAUGGGCUACUACAGGAAUGAAAGCAAAAAUCAGGACUUUUUCGUGGACGAAAAAGGGCAGAGAUGGUUCUGCACCGGCGACGUAGGAGAGAUUUACCCAGAUGGUUGUCUACAAAUAGUGGACCGCAAGAAAGACUUGGUCAAGCUGCAGGCCGGGGAGUACGUGUCUCUGGGUAAAGUCGAGUCUGCGCUGAAGAACUGCCUCCUCAUCGACAACAUCUGUGCUUACGCUAACAGUGAGCAGAACUACGUGAUCAGCUUUGUGGUUCCCAACCAGAAAAAGCUGACGGAGCUGGCCAAACAGAGGAACAUCGAGGGAUCAUGGGAGGAGAUCUGCACUCACCCCGAAAUGGAGAGGGAAGUUCUGAAGGAGAUCAAGGCCGUUGCUGCCAACAUUAAACUCCAACGAUUUGAGAUUCCAGUGAAGGUGCACCUGAGUCCCGAGCCGUGGACCCCAGAGACCGGUCUUGUCACAGACGCGUUCAAGCUGAGGAGGAAAGAGAUUAAGAACCACUAUCUCCCCCAAAUAGAGAGAAUGUACGGACGCAAAUAGCUUUUUGCCGAAGGGUCCCACUCAUCAUCACAUCCACUGUUCUGAUUUUUAAAAACGGGUUCUGGCACCGUUGUUUAGUUUUUCAUGCCAUGUGUAUACCACAGACAUCCAAAUGAAAAGUCUCUUGGACAAAAUAAGCUAAAUGCUGUAAAUAGUCAUAGCUGUCGGAUCCAUGUGUGCUGCUUUUUUUUUAUUCUCGUGUGUUGGAAGAUUAUGAGAGAUGCACUAGAGUGGCUUAUUCCGCAGAAAGGUUAGAAACCAUGAGAACUCACAGCUGCCAUCCACGUAAACGAUUCGGCACACAAUUUUGUUGCUGUUUUAAAAAGAACCACUAUCCUAUGUACUUCCGAUGCUUUGUUGUUACUUCCAUUGAAAUCUAUUAACAGUAAACAUCAGCGUUUAUUAAGGUAUUGUAAAGUUGAAGUCCUUUUGUUGCUGUGCCUUCAGUCUGCAGUACUUGUGUAGUCAAGCAGAAAUAAGUGGCAUAUAUAUAUAAAACUAAUAGUUUGUGUGUUUGUUACAAAAUGGCUGAACGGCCAGGUUAAUGUUUACUUGGGGCUUAAUGAAAAACAUUUCCCCACCAAGAGAUACACUGGCAUAGGUAACAAAUGUGUCUGCUUAUUUCUUUCCAAUUGUUUAAUUUAUUCACUUGUUUGGAUUUAUCCCUAACGUUAAGACCAAAAUGUGUAAACAUACAUGACUCAGGAAGAUAAAGUAAACUAUUGUUAAAAUAUGUAAGAUUGGGAAAUAGUAGGUCGCUUGUAUAGAAAGAGCUUCUGUCCUAUCAGUCGUAGACGGCUUAUUUAUUGAAGUGCAAGCAUGCUUAACUACUUAAAUGCUUUAGCUCGUAGCUAUUCUAGCAUUAGCUGUAGUCGGAACUGGCAUACUGUAAUACGGUCUGUACUUUACCUCAGUUGACAGGUUUGCACAAUUUGGUAUCUAAACGUCUGAUUUAAUUAUUUGUGUUUUCUAUGUAUUUUUCAAAGUACUGUGCUGAUGAAUUGUCAUUAAACACUUAUGGACGCGGACAUUGACAGUCACUUAAAAGAUGGUUGUACAGUGAUCCUAUUUGUAUUUAUUACUUCAUUUUGAUCAUAUGCCUUGUUCAACAUUUCGAAAAAUAAAACAUCCUUUUCGUAA